UUCCCGUCUUCUCAUCCACCUUUUUAUUUUCCUUCUUCCCAAACACCACCUUUUUAUUUUCAACUGUGCGCAACCAGCAAUGGCGAGCUCAACCACUGCUUUGAGGGCAAUCUCUUCUUCUUCUUCUUCUUCAAUCAAACUGCUUUCCCGAAGAACACCUUCUUCUUCUCCAUCAACCAUCGCAGUUUCUGCUCUCAAUCGCAACAAACCAUCACCUCUCCUUCAAGCCAUAGGUUUCAAAGCUCUCGCGCCCUCCGUACCAAAAAGAUCAUUCUCUUGCAAAAGCGAAGCUACUAGGGCUGAUGAAUCGAUGUCCAGUAAAGUACAAGAGCUUCGCGUGUACGAGAUGAACGAGAGAGAUCGUUCCAGCCCUGCUUACCUUCGUCUGAGCCAAAAACCUGUCAAUUCUCUAGGAGAUCUAGUCCCUUUCAGCAACAAAAUUUACAGUGGAGACCUGCAGAAACGCAUUGGAAUAACAGCUGGUAUCUGCGUUUUGAUCCAAAACAAUCCAGAAAAGAAGGGCGAUCGCUACGAAGCGAUUUACAGCUUCUACUUCGGAGACUACGGUCACAUAUCGGUGCAGGGGUCGUAUCUGACCUACGAGGACACUUAUCUGGCGGUGACUGGUGGGUCUGGAAUCUUUGAGGGGGUUUCCGGGCAGGUUAAGCUGCAGCAGAUUAUUUUCCCUUUCAAGCUUUUCUACACCUUUUAUCUCAAGGGGAUCAAAGAGCUGCCGGAGGAGCUGGUGGGAAAGAAUCACGUGGAGCCGGCUCCUCAUGUCGAGCCGAGCCCAGCCGCUAAAGCUUGUGAGCCUCACGCCUGCAUCACUAAUUACACCGAUUAGUCACUAAUCGUGGUGAUUAGUGGUUAAAUCAAUGGUGUUAAUCGCGUAGAAUUUGGAUUAUUCUCUUGUUUUUGGGAAACUCGAUUGUCACUUAAGAUCCUGUUAUUUAAUAAUUAAGUUAUCAGCAAUUACAUUGA